UCUAGGUCGACAACUCUGGUCCUUUGCAUGAAGAUCCAUCGAUCCGCAUAGUACCUCCGUGUCCGUGUACGCUCUUAUAGAAGUAUGUAGGCAUCUUCUGUCCACCUUGUUGUCUGCGCGAUGUAGUCUCUGUCAACCGGCGACCGCUCCUCUUUCAGUUUCAGGAAAAGCAGCUCGAGUUGAAAUAUGGAGGGACCAUCGAAUGAUCAUUUCACCACUACUGGCGGAAAAAAUAGCACGUAGCCUCAUCUCUUGGCUCUCGAAAACUUCUUCACUCAGCAACAAGUGAAAUUGAACCGCUUUCCCUCUUGUCUUCCGUGGUCUUCAAGUGUGAAAAAGGAAAAACCAGAAAGAUGUUUAUCGCCAAGGAGCGUCGUUUCUGCAAGCCCCUGCUGGAACAGCUUGGGAGGCAAAGAUCAGCAUGCGGAGCGCCGGCAGUUCCAGGACUGCAGGCAGAGCAAAUGUGGAUGCGUUUACCAAGCGCGCCGCGACCACGUGGCAGUAGUCUACGAACAGCACGGGGGAUGAAUCAACAUCAAAGCUAUGGGACCACGAGAAGUAGUACCUGCAGCAGACGAGUAGUAGAUCAUGCGUCUUUACUGACGAGCUCCGCAAGAACAUACUCCACGUUCCUUGCAGCUACGCGCCGAUCUUCCAGUUUUCCCAGUCUUGAUGUUUCCUCGACCACGAGUAAUAGAUUGGGAUUGGCAAUUACAGGUAUAAUUGCAGCAACUCCAACUACCACGCUACCGCUAGUACCAGAAAACGAACCACAUCAACAGCCACAAAAACGUCGUAGCUUUGCCUCCGCUUCUCGCAAGGACGUGGGGGACGGCGAGGGGGAGAGCAAGCGGAUGUCGGAGACGGAAUUUCAUUCCCUGGCGGACGACGCGUUGAAUGCGUGUUUGGAUUUAAUCGAGGACCGGAACAUCGACGAACAGAUCGAGGUAUCCUGUGCAAAAGUAUCGUACUCGUAGUAAUUGCUUUCAUGCAUGACAAAUAUCCCUUUUUGGCUGAAUCAGCAUGACAAAUUCCAUUUUCCCUUAUGCAAAAACUUGUGAUGCGAUUUAUACUAGUACGAUACUUUUGCAAUGCAUACGAGGACUACGACUUGGCGGACGGGGUGCUCAAGAUCGUGGUCACCGCGAAGGACCAAAUUGUGGUGAACAAGCACAACGCCACGCAGCAGAUCUGGUAUUCCAGUCCUUGCGGCGCGCAGUACUUCGACGCGCCGUAUGGGGAGCUGGUCGGGGCGCUGGAAAAGGACUUGGGGGAACUGCUGCCUUGACAAGUAGGGCGAGCGUUUUGAACAAAAAAUGACUUCUAUAUUGUUGACUCAGAAGAAGAAGAUUACUCUAAGCGACUGCGUAUCUCUUUGCGUUCUUUCAUAUUCGUAUGAAAAGGCGACGAUGUCGCGCAACGCGAAAAUUGAUGAAGCUGCGACC